AUGUGGAUGCUGGUGCCCGUGGCUUUUGCUGGAAAGCUGCUGAGCGCUUUCAGGAAGCCCCUGCGCUCCCUCUGGAGCAGCCUGGUCCCCUGGGUCCUCUGGCUCAGGGCCACACUCUGGCUGCCAGGGGGCCAGAGCACCCGGCCACCGCAGCUGGGCCGGGGAGAACCGCAGGAGAGCAGAGGGGACGGCGGGCAGGGCCCGGACCAGCCCACCACCCCCACCAGCGUCAACUACCAUUUCACCCGCCAGUGCAACUACAAGUGUGGCUUCUGCUUCCACACGGCCAAGACGUCCUUCGUGCUGCCCCUGGACGAGGCCAAGCGAGGGCUGCGGCUGCUGCAGGAAGCCGGGAUGGAGAAGAUCAACUUUUCGGGGGGAGAGCCAUUCAUUCAUGACCGGGGCGAGUACCUGGGCCAGCUGGUGAGGUUCUGCAAGGAGAAGCUAAGGCUGCCCAGCGUGAGCAUCGUCAGCAACGGGAGCCUGAUCCGGGAGCGCUGGUUCAGGACUUACGGUGAAUAUUUGGACAUCCUUGCCAUCUCCUGUGACAGCUUUGAUGAACAAGUCAACGUCCUCAUUGGUCGUGGCCAAGGAAAGAAGAACCACGUGGAGAAUCUUCAAAAACUGAGGACAUGGUGUAGAGAUUAUAGAGUGGCCUUCAAAAUAAAUUCUGUCAUUAAUCGAUUCAACGUGGAUGAGGAUAUGAGGGAGCAGAUUAAAGCCCUGAACCCGGUCCGCUGGAAAGUCUUCCAGUGCCUCCUCAUCGAGGGGGAGAAUUCUGGAGAAGACGCCUUGAGAGAAGCGCAACAAUUCAUCAUCAGCGAUGAAGAAUUUGAAGGAUUCUUAGACCGCCACAAAGAGGUGUCCUGCUUGGUGCCCGAGUCUAACCAGAAGAUGAAAGAUUCCUACCUUAUUCUGGAUGAGUAUAUGCGCUUCCUGAAUUGUAGGAACGGGCGGAAGGAUCCUUCCAAGUCCAUCCUGGAUGUUGGCGUAGAAGAAGCUAUAAAAUUCAGUGGAUUUGAUGAAAAGAUGUUUCUAAAGCGAGGAGGCAAAUAUGUGUGGAGCAAGGCAGACCUGAAGCUGGACUGGUAG